AUGGACUACUUAGAUGGACUACUGAACCAGCUCUGCCCCUUCCCUUCGGAGGAACAAAGAGUAAGAAUCGUAAAUCUCGGGAAUCAACUCCGUGAUGCACGCCGAGAAACUGGUGGUUUCCUAGAUGAGUGGAUCUUCGACCAAGCUCUUUUUGAAAUAAUGGUGGCCCUACAGGGAUCACGACGAGGAACGCGUACAUGGAGACAUCAACUACUCCAGGCAGGGUUUUUCCUGGAGCGUGUGCCGCUACCACUACAACAGGCGGCUUUCAAAGAUGCUGCCAAAGAGCUGAGGGCUAUCGUUUUCAGCACAAUAAGAUUUUGGUGGGUUGUGGAGUUUCGUUUGGUGCAGCGAAAAUUGGUAAUCUACUAUAUGAAGCAGGAUCGACUUGGCCCAGAAUUGUUCCAAGAAUGGUGCCAUUUGAAUGAAGAGUUGUCAAAAGACCAGAAACUACAUUAA